AUGGGUGACUCCUUCAAGGCCAGAACGCUGAAACGAAAGAACGUCAAGGGGCUAGCUCUGAAUGCCCCAGCACCAAAGACCGGGUCGAAUACGUCGGACGGAGAUGCUCAGCUACCUGGAGCUAUUGGCAAUGUAGAGGGCAUCCGGACAGACACUCUCGAGAUCGGGUUGGAGUUUAAGCUUGAUCUGAGGAGUGAGGACUUGGUGGUUCUGAAGGAGCUGGGCGCUGGCAAUGGAGGCACCGUCAGCAAGGUCAUGCAUGUGUCCACGAAGGUUGUUAUGGCUAGAAAGGUUAUCCGGGUAGACGCCAAAGAGAAUGUGAGAAAGCAGAUAGUUCGGGAGCUACAGGUCGGCCAUGAUUGCAAUUCGCCAUACAUUGUGACGUUCUAUGGUGCUUUUCAGAACGAGGCCAGGGACAUUGUACUUUGCAUGGAAUAUAUGGAUUGCGGCUCUCUCGACCGAGUCUCCAAAGACUUCGGCCCAGUCCGUGUCGACGUCCUCGGAAAAAUCGCAGAAUCCAUCCUGGGUGGCCUAGUAUACCUCUACGAAGUCCACCGCAUCAUGCAUAGAGACAUCAAGCCCUCCAACGUCCUGCUGAACUCACGAGGAAAUAUAAAACUUUGCGACUUUGGCGUAGCUACGGAGACCGUCAACUCGAUAGCAGACACCUUCGUGGGCACAUCGACAUACAUGGCCCCCGAACGUAUCCAGGGAGGUGCCUAUUCCGUGCGUUCAGAUGUGUGGAGUGUCGGUUUGACCAUCAUGGAAUUGGCCGUGGGACGCUUUCCCUUUGACUCAACAGAUUCUGCAGCGGGUGACCGUGCAAGCGCAGGCCCAAUGGGAAUUUUGGACCUGCUGCAGCAGAUCGUGCAUGAACCGGCACCAAAGCUGCCCAAGAGCGAUGCUUUCCCACCUAUCCUUGAUGACUUUGUGGCCAAGUGCCUGCUCAAGAAGCCUGAAGAGCGCCCAACUCCCCGCGAGCUCUACGACAAGGACGCCUUCCUCCAAGCCGCCAAACGAACCCCCGUCAACCUGCGCGAAUGGGCAAUCAGCAUGAUGGAACAGCACAACCGCAAAUCCUACCUUGCCCCUCCAGCCCCCAAAUCCAUAAACCGCGACGGCUCACGAGACUCCAUGUCCCACCCGCGAACCGCAGAACCCUCCCCCGCCCCCCGCUUCACACCCACCUCAGGCGAAAUACCGCUAAACAUCACCCGCGAACCCCUGAACAGCAGCGGCGGACUACGAAUGUACUCGGAUCCCAUGUCCGCCAUGGAGCCCUCGCCAACCGUGGGCUUCGAACACCUCUCGCUAGACGGCACGAGCCAGUACCACCCGGACCACCACGAUCUGCAUAAAGCGCUCAACAAUCACAACAAUCCUCAUCACCCCAACGGGAACGGCUCUGCCAACCCCGCCUCGGCACGCCAAAAGUACACCAAGAGCUACCCAAGCAUCGACACGUCUGUGCCGCAGCAUACAUCGCCCAUGUCUGCGUCUGCAGUGAUGACGCGGGCUGCUAUACAGUCAGCGACGUUACCGUCGAGAGUGGCCCCGCCGCCCUCUGGUCCGCUGCCUGCGCCUCCGGGCUCUGCGGGCGCGGCAGGGUGGCGGUCGCACAGUCAUCGGGUAUGA